GGGCUGAGCCCGGGCCGGGAAAAUCCUCUUAGGAAUAUAGAGGUCAGCUCAGGGGCUUCGCAGUGGGGGUUUGGAGCGGUGGAAGGAGGAAAUGAAGGAAGGGCCGGGGUGCCUCGGAAAGGCGAUGUAAAAUAAAAAAUGCCUGGCUCUGUGGAAGGGGCAUCCCCUCGACUCAAGGCUUUUUUGUGUUUUUUUAAAUGGCCUUUCUCUUUGGCGACAGUACUUCAUGGCAGGGAAAAGAAAAAACCAAACAGCUAAUGGAAGUGGCUUAAGGAAAUUGUGUCUUGCUUGAGUGGGCACCUCUUGGUGCAUGAGGAGGAGGAGCAGGUAAUCUCUCACCAGCUUGCUGAACGUGCUCUUGUUGUUUGCUGGGAAAAUACCAGGUUUUGUGCUGAACAGAUGAAGUAAGUUUUCGAUCAGAGUUGGGAUUGGCGUUGUCGUUUUUAUAAAUUUUUUUUUAAAACUCUCGUUUAGAGUUGACAGGCUAAAAAAAGGUAGAAAUGGGGAGGGAUGGGAGAUGAAAUUCAAACCUCAGCUAUUGAUCAACAGAAUAUAAAGGAAUUUAAGCCGAGAAAUUGGGAAGAUUAACCUUAAUUUCACACGCUAAGAAGACUAGUUUCAAGUUUGGUGUUAUUCAUGUAUAUUGUUAUGAUGAAGUGAUUUCUCCAAAGUUUAUAAAGAACACAGUUCUUUAGAAAACUAUUAGAAAACUACUAGAAAAAUACAUGUCUUACAAAUCUGAAUAUGUCUGAGGCUGUAGCUCCAAUGGGCCUGUAUAGUUUGGAGUGAAUGCUGGUGAGUUUUUUCCUGAAGUGUGAAGAAUAUCAGUGUGGUAAAUAAUUACUGAAGUUCCAGAGCUCUUUAGUGUUCUGAGUAAUUAAUUGUUCAGGUACAAAAUUGCACCGUGUGUCACUUUUGCCUUGCUGCCAUUAAAAAAAAUGUGUUAAAUGAAACUGUUCCGGUGCAUCAUUAGUAAAAUAACUGUGAGUGCAACGAAGGAGCCUGAACUUUAAACUUACUGUUUGAUAGGCUGUUAUUCAGAGCUCUACAGGCAAAAUUAUAAAAGCCUCUAACGAAGAUACAAUUGCUCCUUCAUGCAAUUGAUGUCUUCAGAAUAAUCCUUUUAUUGUUAAAAUCUUCUGCCAUCAUUCCCUUGCUGAACUCUGUCAAAUGACCUGAUAAAAUGGCUCCAUAUUUGGGGCAGCAGUGGAAUAUUUGAUAUAUAUGUUUGCUGUGACAUCUGCUGAAGUGUUCACUGCUGUAACUGGGCAGGUGAAAACAUUGAUUCGAGACUUUUUGAAGGAAUUCCGAAUGUGUUUUGUUCCUUUAGGAGGUACCGGGCUCCCUGCAUGAACCUAAGAUAAUUUUCAUAGAUCAGUUGAAUUCCCCUGGUGUUUGAUGGGGUUUUUCUGUGGGCUGUGUAAUAGGCCUUCCACAGGAGGCACCACAGAAGUCUGUGAUGAUAAAUAAAGUUGCUGUCAUGAUGCUUUGAAUGAUGAUUCCCAUUUCUCUGAUGGCUCAGGGGGGAAAAAAUUACUUUGGUCAGCGAAAAGACUUAAACAGGAACACAAAAAAACCCAAGACUGGACUUCAAGGCUGCAGAAUUCUGUCCUGGACACGUGGGGAGCGUCUGAUGAGAUGCUUGUUGCAUGAACAUGGUCGUGAAUGGUUCGAGUGGAGACAGGCUGGGAGAGCUGGGGCUGUCCCCUGGACAAGAGAAGGCUCCAGGGAAACCUGAGAGCAUCUUCCAGUGCCUGAAGGGCUCCAAGAGAAUUCCAGCAGGACUUUGCAAAGGGCCUGGAGUGGUAGAACAAGGGGGGAUGGCUUUAAACAGUAAGAGGGCAGGGUUAGAUUAGGGAUUGGGAAGAAAUUGUUCCCUGGGAGAGUGCUGGGGCGCUGGGGCACUGGAGCAGGGUAGCCCAGAGAAGUUGUAGAUGCCCCAUCCCUGAAGUGUCCAGGACCAGGCUGGGUGGGGCCCUGAGCAGCCUGAUGUGGGGAGUGGCUUCCCUGCCCUGGCACAGGGGUUGGAACGAGGGCAUCUUUAAGGUCCCUUCCAGCCCAAAGCAUUCUGUUCCUCAGGAUAUCACUGGAGCCAUGGAGAUAAACUCCAGCUUUGGAACGGGGGGAUCAAAUCCAGUGCAGCAGGAACUUCAAAAGUAGGGUUUGAUUUGGUUUUUGAUUACUGAAAAUGCAGAGAAACGACUUCUGAGUGAGGUCAAGGCAGGGCAGAAGCUGGUGGAGAAGUAGAUGUGCUAAUGAGCUGCAGCAGAGAGGAAGAUAAGCAAUCCCUUCAGAUAAAAUAGGAAGUGGUGAAAUGGAGGAAGGGCAGGGAUCGAGGGAGGGGCUACCCUGGGAUUGCAGGACUGAGGUGAAGGAUGAGUCACGGGUUUGAAAUGAAUUCUACAGUUUUAGACUUGCACAUGAAAUUACACCAACUGUGGUUCUGCAGUUGGGUGAUGUUAAGCUACCGGUGUGAUGGCAGUGCAGUGAGUUAUCAGUGCUGCCAGAUGGAAGGAGCUGUGCAAGAAUUUGGUUAGCAAAGGGUGAAAGAAAGGCCAUUCAGCUUUGUUCAGGUAAUGCCAGGUGAAGAAUCUGUGUCAUUCGCUGGACUUCCACGAGGGAUGCUCUCUGUACGGGCAGGAGUAGGGAUCACAUCCCCAGGGACAUGAGCUGGAACGUGGUUUGGUCUUUCUGAUGGUUGUUAAAAGAGGAGAGGUUCAGCCAAGGAGCAGAAAGGGGCGUGGGCAGAGCUCCUUCCCAAUGAAGAUGCACACUCACACAUGAGAUUAUAUACAUGUUAAAUAUAUAAUAAUAUUGUAAUACUUAUAGAUAAGUAAUUGUUUAUAUGUAAAGAAAAUAUAUUUAAGUGUAUAUAUGAAGGUACAUACCUAUUUUUUCCAAUACAAAUAAUAUAAAUGCUUUAAUAAUAUUUGUAAAACAGUAUCUCUAGGGCUGACACGCUGAGUGCUCCUGGGAGUGCCAAGUGUCAGUUUGCUUUUGAUAUAUAAUAUGUCUGAAUCCAGGAUGCCUCUGUAAAUAAAUAAAACCAAGAUAAAGUUUCCUUAUCCUGUGAUAAGCAAGCCCUGUGCUCCUGCAGUUGAGCCCUCACAGCUUCAGCACACUUGGCUUGAAAAGUGCAAUUUUUAUGUCCUUGGGGUGCCGUGGCAGAGUCCAGGAAGUUAAAUAAUUAAUCCCAAUCAGCUCUGCUCCUUUCAGGAUUUUGUUACUUUAUGCCCUGCAAGUCAGCAGGGUUUGGAUGGGUUAAUAAAGUCAUCUGUACUAAGUUACUCUAAACAGACACGUUGUUUUAAAAGUUAUAUACAUGUUGCAUAUUGGUGUAAGGAAUUGGUUCUUGCUCAUUCUCGCUCCUGCUGGCAGGUGAUUCCCUGGUGCUGAAGAUUCCAGCCCUGGGAUCUCAGGAUCUCAGGAAACACCACCAUGUCAGCAGCUGGCAGUGACUGCCCACACUUGGAGUCGGUUGGGGAGAUAACAAAAGAGGAGUUGAUCCAGAAAUCCCACGGCACUUGCCAGGACUGUAAAGUCAGAGGACCCAACCUUUGGGCAUGCUUAGAGAACAGGUGCACCUACGUUGGCUGUGGAGAAUCCCACGUGGAUCACAGCACCACCCACUCCCAGGAGACAAAGCACUGUCUGACUGUCAACCUCACCACCCUGCGAGUCUGGUGCUAUGCCUGCAGUAAGGAAGUGUUCCUGGACAGGAAGCUGGGAUCUCAUUCUCCACUGCCAAGUGCCAGAUUGUCCCAGCAAGCACAAGAAAAUAGUGUGCAGGAUUUUAAAAUACCCAGUAAUCCCACACUGAAGAUUCCACUGGCAGCUGUGUUUGAUGACUUGGAUAUAGAAGUGGAAGAAGAUGAAUUGAAGACUAGAGGUCUAACAGGAUUAAAAAACAUUGGAAACACUUGUUACAUGAAUGCAGCUCUACAGGCCCUUUCCAACUGCCCACCUUUGACACACUUUUUUCUGGACUGUGGAGGCUUAGCCAGAACAGAUAAGAAACCAGCAAUUUGUAAGAGUUACCUCAAGCUGAUGACAGAACUCUGGCACAAAAGCAGGCCUGGAUCUGUUGUUCCUACUGGUUUAUUCCAAGGAAUUAAAACUGUUAAUCCAAUGUUUCGAGGCUACUCCCAGCAGGAUGCCCAAGAAUUCCUGCGUUGUCUGAUGGAUCUGCUGCACGAGGAGCUCAAAGAGCCGGUUGUGGAACUGGAAGAUUCCCAACCUCUGAGUGCUGAGGAGAGCAUGGAGGAGGACAAGAGCCAGUCAGAGCUCAGCUUCCAGCCCUGUGAAUCCUGUGGCAACUGUGAGAAAGCAGACAGUGAGGCUCUUUUCAAACCUGUGUUAGAGGAUCCUGCAGAAACAACCAUGUUGAUCCAGGAGGAUGACAACAACUCGCUCACAUCCAAAGACUGGCAGAAAGAGAAAGCACCGAGCAACAAGCUGAAAAGAGCAAACUCCCUGGAAGACUUGGAAAAAGACACAAACACUGCCUCAGAGACCACUGAAUUCCUGAAUAAUCAAGGAACUGUCAAAGUGCAGAUACACAGCAGGUUCUCAGAAUACAUCAGUGAUGUCCACAUGAGUGACGUGUCUGCAGCCCCAACCCCCUCCUCAGCAGAAGGGAUGAACACACGCUUGUCAAACAGCCCUCCCAAAUCCUUCUCAUCGUGCUCCUCGCUGGCCCCAGUCCACAAAAAAGCUCCAGCCGUGUCCUCCCCCAAGAGGAAGAGGCGCAAGAGGUACCGGAGCGUCAUCUCUGACAUAUUUGAUGGCACCAUCAUAAGCUCAGUGCAGUGCUUGACUUGUGACCGGCUGUCUGUAACUCUGGAGACCUUUCAGGAUCUGUCCUUGCCUAUUCCAGGGAAGGAAGAUCUUGCUAAACUCCACUCUGCAAGCCAUCAGACAUCUCUAGUCAAGACAGGGUCAUGUGGAGAAGCCUAUGCCCCCCAGGGCUGGAUAGCCUUUUUAAUGGAAUAUUUCAAAAGAUGUUUCAGGUUUGUUGUCUCAUGUGUUCCUAGCUGGUUUUGGGGUCCAGUUGUAACCUUACAAGAUUGUCUUGCUGCCUUUUUCGCCAGAGAUGAGCUCAAGGGUGAUAACAUGUACAGCUGUGGAAGGUGUAAAAAGUUGAGAAAUGGAGUGAAAUUCUGCAAAGUGCAAAAAUUUCCUGAGAUCCUGUGCAUCCAUCUCAAGCGCUUCCGCCACGAGCUGAUGUUCUCCACCAAGAUCGGCACCCACGUGUCCUUCCCCCUGGAGGGGCUGGAUCUCCAGCCCUUCCUGGCCAAGGACAGCCCAGCUCAGAUCGUCACCUACGACCUGCUGUCUGUCAUCUGCCACCACGGCACUGCCAGCAGUGGACAUUACAUAGCUUACUGUCGCAACAACCUGAAUAAUCUGUGGUACGAGUUUGAUGACCAGAGCGUCACAGAGGUGUCAGAAGCCACAGUGCAGAAUGCAGAAGCCUAUGUUCUCUUCUACAGGAAGAGCAGUGAGGAGGCUCAGAGAGAGAGACGGAGGAUCUCGAGCCUGCUGAACAUGAUGGAGCCCAGCCUGCUGCAGUUCUACAUCUCCAGGCAGUGGCUCAACAAAUUCAAGACCUUUGCAGAGCCAGGACCGAUUUCAAAUCAUGACUUUCUGUGUGUGCACGGAGGUGUUCCCCCACACAAAGCUACCUUCAUAGAGGACCUGGUUGUGAUGCUACCUCAAAAUAUAUGGGAUAAUCUGUACAGCAGAUACGGAGGAGGCCCAGCUGUGAACCAUCUGUAUGUUUGUCACACCUGCCAAAUAGAGUCUGAAAGAAUUGAGAAAAGGAGGAAAAAUGAAUUGGAAAUGUUUAUUCGGCUUAACAGAGCAUUCCAAGAAGAAGAAUCUCCAUCCACAUUUUACUGCAUCAGCAUGCACUGGUUCAGAGAGUGGGAAGCAUUUGUGAAGGGCAAAGACAGUGAUCCUCCAGGUCCCAUUGAUAAUGCCAAGAUUGCAGUGACCAAAUGUGGCAAUGCUGUGCUCAAACAAGGUGCAGAUUCUGGACAAAUAUCUGAAGAAACAUGGAAUUUUCUCCAGUCAAUCUAUGGUGGAGGUCCAGAGAUUAUACUCAGACCCCCUGUUCCUCCAGCUGAACCUGAUAUAUUGCAGACAGAGGAGAAGAUUGAAUUAGAAACUCAUGGUCUGUAGCUCUUGACAGAAAGAUGAACUUGUAAGGAAUCCAGCUUUCCUUACAAAAUGCCCAAAAUGCAUUCCUAAAGGUUUGAUUCCCUGGUGUCUGUUGGAGGCACAGCUCCCUGGGCAUUCCAUUCACUGCAGAAUAAGUGGAAAUCUGUAUUGCAAUCUCUUGGAAUAGCAGCUGUGUCUCUGCUUUGGAAGCCACGUGGUUUGUACAGUUUGGAAUGUUUGGUCAAUGGAAAAAAAGAAAAAGAUGUAAUUUCUGAAUUUAGAAAUGAUCCUGUUCCAUCCUUAGACUUGAAAAACAGGGACAAAUUUUAGAGAUGUUCAGUAACCCUUCUGAUCCCUGAGUGGGCUUCUGAUAUCCACAAAGCUCUGCCUGUCCUGAUUUGUACAGUCUGGACAAAGGCAGCUGUGGGAGGAGUGUAUUUGAAAUGCACUGCAAGCAGUGAUAAAGAAAAAAGGAUUUUCAUUUCCUAAACGCUCAGGAAAAAAAGAAUUGUCACUUCUUUUGCACUGUAAGUAUGUGAGAUGGGUAGGAUAUAACAUGCAAACACUGUGUGUGAAUGGAGCAAACAUUAGUGUAGGCUGAAGAAUGUUUUAGGCAGCAAAUGUCCUAACUUAUUACAUUUUCCAUCUUAUUAUAGUCCUCUGUAACUCUCCAAACCUGGCUAGUGUCUUCAAUGUGGCAAAAAAGAUUUAGUCUUCUCUAGGGUAACCUUUGAGAGCAUGAAGUGUGAAAUGUAAAAUUAUUAUGGACGUGAGUGAUAUAAAUUCCAGAAAAUGAAGUUGUCUGGUCUCGUGAAUUGCAUUCAUAAGCAUUUCAAUCUGAAGGGUUUGAUUGUGUUGUUGCAAAUUUCCCUUGGCAUGAUGACCUUUAAUGUCAGGAGCUGGAUGAAAUGUAUAUAUUGCAAAACUUCAUGGAAUGAAUUUUAUUGGAAUGCAGAAUGGCACUUGCUCGUGGUUUUGCCUGAUACUGUUACCAAAUAAGCAGCAUUAUUCAAGACUGGAUCAAUAAAAAAAACCAAAAUUACCUGUGGAA